AUGGGUAACAGAGUGAUGUGUAUGAAGAAGAAAGAUGUUAUCACAAGUAAUGUAAGAGAUGGAUCUAGAAGCAAGAGAGUGAAUCGUUCUCAGAGGAAAUUGCUUUCAGAUGAAGAGAUGUUGCAUCGAAGAGCUUUGUCCAUGGCGAUCAAUCAAGCUCAGCUUUCUCAGAGAUUCGAUGGAUCCAUGUCUAAACGGGUCGGGUCUACAAGCUCUAGAAGACGAACACUCUCUGACCCAUUUUCCAAUACCAAGCAGGGACCUGACUUUUUGGAGAGCUUGACAGUUAAGAAAUUCAUUCUGGUUCAUGGUGAAGGUUUUGGGGCUUGGUGUUGGUACAAAACUAUUGCUUCAUUGGAAGAGUCAGGACUAUCUCCUGUUACAGUUGACCUUGCUGCAUCUGGAUUUAAUAUGACCGAUGCAAAUCGCGUUUCCACCUUAGAAGAAUAUUCAAAACCAUUGAUCGAGCUCCUAAAAGAUCUUCCCGAGGAAGAAAAGGUAAUUCUGGUUGGCCACAGUACCGGAGGUGCAUGUGUUUCAUAUGCGUUAGAGUGGUUUCCAGAGAAAAUCUCGAAAGCUAUAUUCAUAUGUGCAACUAUGGUUUCUGAUGGACAAAGACCCUUUGAUGUCUUUGCUGAUGAGCUUGGUUCUGCAGAACGAUUCAUGAAAGAGUCGCAGUUCUUGAUCUAUGGAAACGGCAAGGGCAAGCCUGCGACGGGGUUCAUGUUUGAGAAACAACACAUGAAAGGCUUGUACUUCAAUCAGUCACCCAAUAAGGACAUUGCAUUGUCGAUGAUCUCGAUGCGGCCUGUACCAUUAGGUCCGAUGAUGGAGAAAGUGUCGCUAAGUGCGGAAAGAUAUGGGAAAGGUCGGAGAUUCUAUGUUCAGACGCUCGACGAUUUGGCACUUUCACCGGACGUUCAAGAGAAAGUGGUAAGAGAGAAUAGUCCCGAAGGAGUUUAUAAGAUCAAAGGAAGUGAUCAUUGCCCUUUCUUCUCUAAACCUCAGUCUCUUCACAAGAUCCUUCUUGAGAUCGCUCACAUUCCUUAA